GCCAGGAGGGCAGCGGCCGAGUGCCCGGCCGGCGCCCCGGCGGGCUGGGCUGGGCUGGGCAGAGCCGGCUGCUCCCGCCGGUCGCUUUCCCUUCCUUCUCCCGGGCCGGCCCCUCCCCCCCGGCCCAUUGAUUUCCAGGCGGGGAGACGCACGCGGCGCUGCCGGGCUUUGCCAGGCCGCCGCCAGGCCCGACUCUCCCCCCCAGCCCCAUUACCUGGCUCGGCCCCGCUUGACUCGGCGCUGCCGGGUCCCCCUCGCCGCAGCCCCCGCCUCAGCCCGGCCCGCUCCGCCUACUGUUACAGCCCGUCGGGGAACAAUGACGUCCCUCCGCCGGCCUCUUGCAUCCGGGGCCCGGCGCCGGCCGGGCAAGCGGGCGGGGGGAGGAAAGGAGGCGGCGGCGGCGGCGGCGGGGAGAAGCGAGCUCCUCCGGGUCACACGGGGACCAGCACCGCCCCUGUGCCGCUGCCGGGAGCCGCUAGAGGGGGCUCGGCGACCCCCAGUCAGGGGCGAGGGGCCGAGGACGCCGCGACGAGGGGGCUCCCGCGGGGCUGAGGGGGCGGCGCGGGCCCGGGGGCCCCGCCGGGCGCUUGGCGGGCGAUGCGGCGAGCCGCAGCCCCGCGCGGAAGUAAGGGGUCUCCGCCAGCCCCGCUGCUUGAGGGGACGCCUCGGCUCUGCACCGCGAAGCUUCGGUACGAGCCCCUUCCUCGGCCGUAGCCUUCCCGCCCGUCCCUGCCUUCCGGGCCGUAUUUACCUCUCUCCCAUUUAUUCCUCCAGUUAAUGUUUUAUUGUUCUGCGCUCAAAGAGCGGCCAUAAACGCUGGCUCGGCCCCCGCGGCCACCCACAAGGAGUCGGGCAGGCCCCGCCGGCCGGAGCGAAGGCCGGGACCCCAGUGCCCGGCAUGUGGCGGGGCGGGCUCCCGCCGAGGGCCGCGGCCCUCCGAGCGCCGCCGCCAGCCAUCGAGUUUCCUGAGGAGAGCCCGGAGCCGCGCUUUGACGAAUCGGAUGUGCCGGCGGAGCUGCGAGUUGCCAACGGGUCGCAAAAGUUUGUGAAUUUUACUUCAACCAUCCAAAACCAGCUGCUGCUUGUGUCGCUGCUGGAGCAUCUCUGCCACAUGUACACACACAACCCUGUGCAUUCAAGGUGUUUGUUCCGAAUACUUCGUCAGGCUUUCACAAGAACAGGGUUGCUCUCUCCUUUUGCCUUCUGUGAUGAAUUUAGUACUGUAAGACUGCAGCAUAAUAGAGCUAUUACUGAACUAAUGAAAGCAGCUAAUCGACAAAUACUUAAUGGGGAACUUGAUAAUGGAGAUUCUCAUGCAAUUGGGGAAAAAGAAGUUCUGUUUGAAGCGCAGACAUCACGAUACUUGAAUGAAUUUGAUGAGGUUGCAAGGCUAGGAAAAGGAGGAUAUGGUAAAGUAUACAAGGUCAGAAACAAGUUAGAUGGUCAAUUCUAUGCGAUUAAAAAAAUUAACAUUAAGAAGGCUACAAGAAGAGAUUGCAUGAAGGUGCUACGAGAAGUUAAAGUGCUGGCUGGGCUGCAGCAUCCUAAUAUUGUGGGCUAUCACACUGCUUGGAUGGAACAAGUUCAAACAGUACGCCCAAAAGAUAAAACAAUAAUGGAGCUGCAGCCAUUAUCUUUUGAGCAAGAGAAUAGCAAUGAUCACUGUCAUGUCCAGAGUGUGGAAAGUGGUAGUUCAAUUAUCUUUGCUGACCUUACUUCACAAGAAAAGAAGUCCUGUGACAGUACCAGUCUUAGGAAUCUGGGUAGUGAAUCAGCACAUAAUAUGGACUUAAGGAAUGAUUUUACAAACAGCAAUAGUAAAGAGUGUAUGAAACAAAAUAAAUGUGAAUUAUCGAUAGAAUUACAAGAAGACUCUGUAAGUAGUGUUAGCAGUAGAUCAACUGAUGAGAAAAAUCAUUCAGCACUGGGAUCUCAUUCCAGUCUGGAUCAAGAUGCUAGCACUGGAACUAAGUCCUGCACUGAAGAAUGCUCCAAGAGUGAUGUAGCUCUCUGUGGAGAGUUUGAGGUGGAGUAUCAUUUGAUGCUUUAUAUACAAAUGCAACUGUGUGAAAUAUCCUUGUGGGAUUGGAUCGUUGACCGUAAUAAAAGAUGCAAUGAGAGAACAGAGGAAGCUUCCAGUCCAUAUCAUCUUGUGGAUGUCCAUUGGACAAUGAAAAUUUUUCAAGAGUUAUUAGAAGGAGUAUGCUAUAUCCAUAGCAUGGGAGUGAUGCAUCGAGACAUUAAACCCAGAAAUAUCUUUCUACAUGGAUCAGAUCAUCAAGUAAAAAUAGGAGACUUUGGAUUAGCCUGCAAAGACAUUCUUUGGGAUGAUGCAGACCACUGGUUUAAGACAGAAAGGAUAAAUGGAUUGACGCAUACUUCAGGAGUGGGGACUUGCCUCUAUGCCUCACCAGAACAAUUGCAAGGAUCUCACUAUGAUUUCAAGUCAGACAUGUACAGUAUGGGUGUUAUCCUGCUAGAACUCUUCCAACCAUUUGGAACAGAAAUGGAAAGAACAGAAGUUCUUACACAUUUAAGGAAUGGACAUAUUCCUCAUACUUUCUACAAAAAAUGGCCUAUUCAAGCCAAGUACGUUAAACUCCUCACCAGUCAGAGAUCGACAGAAAGACCCACUGCUGCUCAGCUUCGUGAAAGCGAACUGUUUCAUAGCACAGAACAUGUUAUUUCUAACCUACAACAGAAGGUGAGACAGCAAGAGGAAGAAAUAGAAAAACUGAGAGAGAGGAUAAGACUGCUUUCUGGAGAAGAAGAUGAACACAUGAGACUAGGUUCUCCCGUUUAAGUACAGGAAGAACUAACUGCUAUUGUAUGCUAAGUUAUAUAAAAUGUUUCUUUUUUUACAUAAAAAUCUUUUGAUGCAUUUUGAUUUUUCUGGCUGUUCAUUAGAGGUAUUCGUCUUUUUGUUGUAGUUCAGCAGCCUCCAAUCAACAGA